AUGGCCCAAGUGAAGCAAGAUCCGGAUGCUAUGUACAUCAAGGAUGACCCCGACAGCAAGGACACUGUGCUUGCAGACAUUGAUGACGAGGAUCUCUACGAAGAUGCGGGAGAUCUGGAUUUUACCCUGGCAGCGCAAAAUGUGUGGAUGUCUCGCCUGCCCCGCCAGCUAUGGGAGCACUGGUCGCAACUGGACGAUGAUGAGGAAAUUGAGAUCGGGACAGUCAGGAUAGAGGGAGAUGUGAAUGAUUUGAAACGGGUCAGCUUGAGGCUUCACGACCGCCCAGAUAACCAGGAUAUCCCGAAAGACUACAUUUUGCAACAACAAACCAUCAACACCGUAAACGCUUCACACAUGACACAAAAUACCUACCUCUUCACAGAAAAGGAUAUUCCUGGCGCGGAGAAUCGAAUGGCGACGUUUGGCGAGAACCGCUCGGCUUUGUACGAAGCCAUGAAGCGCGAGGCGCGGAGGAGAGAACAGGGCAAAAAGUGGGAGCCAUAUGUGCGGAAAACAGUGCCGAAACACACGGCACUUGUGGGACAGGUCAGCGAAGAGUUCAAUUGCCUUCCGGUAGAAAACGAAGAAUUCCGACGGAUUUCGGAGCAGCGAGCCCUGGAGGCUCUCAAGCCGAGGAAGGAGACCGUGUUCAUCGACAAGAUCCCUGGAAAAUUCAUGCAGAACCGCCAUGCGCUGCCUGUGGAGAAGAACACGUUCGUGCAAACCACGAAACUUUCCAAGGCCAAAGCCCAGGAGAACAAGUCUACACGUAUGCCUCAGAACGAGUUGCUGGAUCGCAUUUUCGACUGUUUCCGCCAGUUCCAGUACUGGCCAUUUAAGACCCUCAAGGCCAAGCUACAGCAGCCAGAGGCUUAUCUCAAGGAGACUCUUGAAUUGGUUGCGCACUUGGUUAAGUCUGGAGAUUUUGCUAUGACAUGGGAGUUGAAGCCGGAGGCACAGCAGAGCAACUAUGCUAUGAUGGCGGCAUAUGGAGACGCCAAAGCCGAGUUGCCUCCCGGAUUCGACGAUGCCUCAGAUGAUGAACCGACUGCAUCUGGCGUUGACGAUAUUCAAUUUGAAAAUGUCUAA